AUGUGCAGUUCAAAGAUGCCAUGCAGCCCCAGUGCUUCCAGUCUGUGUGCUGCCAGCCCACCCAACUGCUGUCACCCCAGCUGUUGUCAGACCACCUGCUGCAGAACCACCUCCUGCCCCCACAGCUGCUCUGUGUCCAGCUGCUGCAGACCCCAGUGCUGCCAAUCUGUGUGCUGCCAGCCCACCUGCUGUCACCCCAGCUGCUGUCAGACCACCUGCUGCAGGAUGACCUGCUGCCGCCCCAGCUUCUGUGUGUCCAGCUGCUGCAGACCCCAGUGCUGCCAUUCCGUGUGCUGCCAGCCCACCUGCUGCCGCCCCAGCUGCUGCAUCUCCAGCAGCUGCUGCCCCUCUUGCUGUGAAUCGAGCUGCUGCUGCCCCUGCUGCUGCCUGCGUCCAGUCUGUGGUCGAGUCUCCUGCCACAUCACUUGCUAUCACCCAACCUGCGUCAUCUCCACUUGCCCCCGCCCCUUGUGCUGUGCCUCCCCUCCCCUCCCCUUCCCCUCCCCUUCCCUUCCCUUCCCUUCCCCACCCCUUCCCCUCCCUUUCUUCCUUUCCCUUGCCCUCCCCUCCCCUCCCUGCCCUUCCCCUCCCCUCCUCUCCCCAGUAUUAAUCCCCUCCCCUUCCCCUUCCCCUUCUCUCCUCCCCUUCCCCUCCCCUCCCCUCCCCUCCCCUCAUUUCCCCAGUGUUAAUCCCAAGAGCAUGCUUCAAUAA